GUGGGAAUGAGAGGUGUCGGUAUGGACGCCCUAUCCCCUAGAGAUGUUAACGCCCAGGCGAGACCGAGAGCCCAUGAGCUAAAGUCCAAGGCAGCUGCUGGGCUUAAGGCUUCCAAGGACAAAGACCACCCGCCGCCGCCGCCGAACCAUGUCAACGAACCCCCCAGCUCCGAUCGCAAAGAGGGCGCCAUCUACCAGGUCGGCAAGCCACUAGGAAAGGGCGGCUUCGCUAUCUGCUACGACGGCAAGCUGAUCGGAAGCUCCAAGCGAUAUGCCCUCAAGAUUGUCAAGGCCCAGAUGGCCUCCAAGAUGGAACAGAAAUUCCAGACCGAACUCCAGAUCCACUCCAAAAUGCGACACCCCAACAUCGUCCAGUUCCACCGCGCCUUUACAUUCGAAAACUGCACAUAUCUUGUUCUCGAACUGUGCUCCAAUGGCUCUCUGAUGGACAUGGUCAAGCGCCGUAAGGGUCUUACAGAACCAGAAGUGCGCUUCUACACCGUACAGAUUUCCGGCGCCAUCAAGUACAUGCACGCCAAGGGUAUCAUUCAUCGCGACCUCAAGAUGGGCAACAUCUUCCUCGACAAGUACAUGAACGCCAAGAUCGGAGACUUUGGUUUGGCUGCCUUGCUCCUGACCGGCAAGGACAUGCAGAUUAUGAGGAGGACGACACUAUGCGGAACACCCAACUACAUUGCGCCGGAGAUUCUCGAGAAGGGAAAGAAGGGCCAUGACCACAUGGUGGACAUUUGGAGUCUGGGUAUCAUCGUCUAUGCCAUGCUCACCUCGAAACCACCUUUCCAGUCUUCGACGACCGACGAAAUCUACCGCCGCGCGAGAGAACGUGACUACGAAUGGCCAUCGCCCGACGCCACACAAAAGUUCUACAGCCUGGAGGCUAAGGAUCUUGUUGCAAGCAUGCUGCAAGACGCAGAUAUGAGACCGGAUCCUGACACUAUUGUCUCUCAUCCCUUUUUUACCUCUGGCUACAUGCCCGUCCCUUCCGACAUUUCGUCCAGACUCCGAGAGUCCCCACCACAGAACCCUGCCUUCUACGAUCCUCUGUCCGGUCCCCGAGCGGAAGCAGACAACCUCCGCAAUGUGCAAGAGAUGUGCAAGGAGUGCAGUGUUGGUCCAUGGUGCACGCAGCAGUUUGUCUUCAAGAACAUUUGGCGAGAGAUGGCAGAGGAGGAGGCAAACGGCCUUACCCCUGUUAUUCCGCUCGCCGAGGGUAUCGUCUACAGGCCCUAUGACGAGAUCAAGACCGAGGCAAGACGUCGGGCUCGUCUAUUACAGCAGCAGCAAGCCGAACAGCAAGCCUCCAAGGUGACAUCGUCACAACAACCGCAGAAACGCGUUCCGCUGGCGGACAUAGGCGGAAGCAGAAUGGAGGGAGUAAUACAUUCACAACCUCAAAAGCCGGUUGUGGAUGACCUGAGCAACAGUCUCGCCCAGGCGAGCAUCGCCAACAGGGGCACCACAGGACUUCUCCGUGCACCACCUCAGAGCUUUGCGGCUCAACAAAGGGCCCAAGGCAGGCCUCUCGCUACAGUCAGGUCGCAAACGGUUCCAGAGCCGGCUCUCCGAAGUGCUAGCUCUACCUCGGUUCGCACCCGCUCUAGCAGGCGGGAAGUGCCAGAGAGUGCUGAUCCACUAGGAUCUCAGCCAAUCCGACCGACAACUCGUAGCUCUCGCAGCUACCCAACAACCAGAAGCCAGGCGACAGCGUUGCCAACUGAGGAGCCCGCUCCUGCCCAGAGGAGUGCGCCGACCUCGACAACGCAAAAGCCACAGGAAGACAAGCUGAGUCUCUUCAGUCCAGCCGAGUAUCAAGAGGCAGUACCAGGGACGCAGCCCGACAUUGUUCUCGAGAGGUUGCGCAGGCUACAAGCAGAGCUGGAAAGAGCGCUCAACGCUCGCUCAAUGGCUCUUGUGUCCUCCAGGGACAAGACCCCAUCGCCUCCUCACAUUGUUGUCAAGUGGGUUGACUACACCAACAAGUUUGGUCUGGGCUAUAUCUUGAACGACGGCAGUGUCGGCUGCAUUCUCCGCAGUAUCCCUACCCAGGAAGGUAGUCGAAACGGUUUGCUACCACCUGCUUGUGUGCUUGUUCAUGGUGCUGAACGUCAUUGCCAGCGCAGAGACGAUCCUAGGUACCCAGACAGGCACCAAAUCCUGCCCCAAAAUGAGGGCGUAUACUUCUACGAAAACAACGGCGAGGACGGCAUCAACCGUGUUCGUGUCUCGCCCCAGAACUUCCAUAUCCCGGUCAACCCCGAUGGCACUACGGGUAAGCUUACGGCGGGCAAGGAUAUCUACGAUCACCGCAAGAGGGAGCGCAUUGUGUUAUGGAAGAAGUUUGCCAACUACAUGAUUCAGUAUGGUCGAGAGUCGGACAACCAGGAUGAUGCGCCAAUUCGGAUGCCAACUAUCACGGACCCGACGGUUGCGCCAAGUGAUGUUGUGACCUUUUACCAGAGGUUUGGUGACGUUGGUUGCUGGAUGUUUUGCGAUGGUCAUUUCCAGUUCAACUUCCCCGACCACACCAAAAUUGUCCUCGACUCCACCGGCACAUUCUGCCACUUCUGGCACCUCCCCGAGUCCGCCGCCACCCACCUCUCCAUAACUGGCUCCCUCUCCGAAUCUGCUCUCGACGAGCGUUCCGUCCUCUCCUACCCCCUACAGACCCUCCUCAACUUCUCCUCCCCUUCCCGCUCCACCAUUACCAGUACCUCUACCUCCCGUCGUCGCCCCGAAAUCCCCGCUUCGUUGCAGAACAUCCCUGCCGCUAACCACUUCCGCGAGAAGAUCACGUUCAUCCGUGACGUGAUACGGGAGUGGUCGGCCAACGGAGGUCUCGGAAACAGUGACAUGUCCAGGGAGAAAAGGAUGAGGUGGACGGGAUGCAGGGAGACGAGGAAUGUUACGGGCCCGAUGAAGCAUGUUUGGGUUACGAUUGGAGCGAGGUGGGGUGAUUCGAGGUUGAGUGCGUAUGUGGAUCCGAGGAGGCCUGAAGAGUUGGGGGAGGAGGUUGAUGAGACUGCGAGGAAGAGGUGAAGCGCAUAAUAGGGGGUAAAGGGUGAUGGUGAGAGAGGAGGAGGAGGGUGGCUUAUGUGUUCAAGGGGAAAUAAGGAGAUGGCAUUAUACCCACGACGACGCGACGUACGUAUGAAUUCAUGCAUGCCGCAUUUCAUUGGGCGUAUCUUUACUUUUAUAGGGAGGCGUUGUUUUUUUCUCUUCUUCUUUUCCUAUCACUAUCUAGUUCUAGGUAUGGGCGGAGGUUUCAUUGUCGGAAUAGCUUGUACCGGACUACUGGUUGGUGGUAUGGAAGUGGCAUCGCGUAAGGAAGUCAGCGUUGGGCCUGUGAGCCUGUCUGAAUCUUCGAGUGUUUGUAGAAAGGUACGAUGUACAUAUCAUGAUUUAUUCAACUCUUUCUCCCAGCUCUUUUCUUUCUUGAGAAGUAG